AUGCACAUCAUAAAGCCCUCGUGGCUGAGUCACAGCGGUGAGCAGAAAGACUUCGAGGUGUAUAGCUGUCAUAUUUCUCCCGAUGGCAAACGACUCGCGACCGCCGGUGGUGAUGGCCACGUUCGAGUCUGGUCGACCGACGCCAUCUACAAUGCGAAAGACGCCAGCUACACGAAGCCGCGCCAGCUCUGCCACAUGAGCCAUCAUUUGGGAACAAUUCACUCUGUGCGGUUUUCCCCCAAUGGACGGUACUUGGCCAGCGGUGCCGACGACAAGCUCAUUUGCGUAUACCACCUGGACAAGGGAGCGCCUGCGAUAGCCUUUGGGAACAACGACCCGCCGCCCGCGGAAAACUGGAAGACGUACAAACGACUCAUUGGCCACGAAAACGAUGUUCAGGAUUUGGCCUGGUCGCCGGACUCGUCCUUGCUGGUGUCGGUCGGGCUCGACUCCAAGGUCGUUGUUUGGUCUGGCUAUACCUUCGAGAAGCUCAAGGCCAUCCCGGCGCAUCAGAGCCAUGUCAAGGGCAUCACGUUUGACCCUGCCAACAAGUUCUUUGCGACGGCAAGCGACGACCGAACCAUUAAAAUUUUCCGUUAUACGCCCCCGGCCCCAAAUUCUACACAACACGACAUGAUCAGCAACUUUGUUCUCGAGACGACAAUCAGUGCACCAUUCAAGAGCUCGCCUCUAACCACCUACUUUCGGCGGUGCUCAUGGUCCCCUGACGGUAAUCACAUCGCCGCCGCCAAUGCCGUAAACGGUCCCGUCAGCUCAGUCGCCAUCAUCGAGCGCACCCGGUGGGACAGCGAGAUCAACUUGAUCGGCCACGAAGCGCCAACCGAAGUCUGCAUGUUCUCCCCACGACUCUUCCACACGGUCAAGCCAGACGAAAAUACCACGUCGAAUGGAAGUUCUAAUCAAUUGCUCGUCACCGUCGCCGCCACUGCCGGUCAAGACAAGACCCUUUGCAUAUGGAACACGAAUACAUCGAGGCCCGUUGUCGUUCUUCAAGAUCUCAGCAGCAAAUCGAUAUCUGAUUUAUCAUGGGCUCCCGAUGGCCAGACGCUUUUCGCGUCCAGCCUAGAUGGUGGUGUUGUGGUCGUCAAGUUUGAGGAAGGAGAGCUCGGUUGGGUCGCUCAAACCGAGGAAAACGUCAGGGCUUUGCAGAAAUAUGGUGCAUCUCGCAAAGGGAUGGGAAUGCCCGAGGACGUGGAUGGCCUGUUGCUGGAGACGCACAGCAAAGCUGGGGAGUCUAGAGCCGUCGAGUCGAGGAUGGGCGCGCUCAUGGGUGACCUGCCAUCAGAUACACCAAAGGAGUCUACACCGGCUCCAAACGGUACGAAAGCUGGAUUGGAGAAGCACACUACUGCUACAAAUGGCGGGCCCGAGCCUGCCAAAAGCCCUGGGGAGGAGCAAGAGGACAAGACUGAGGGCAAGACUGAGGGCAAGACUGAGGGCAAGACUGAGGGCAAGACUGAGGGCAAGACUGAGGGCAAGACUGAGGGCAAGACUGAGGACAAGACUGAGGACAAGAUCGAGGACAAGACUGAGGACAAGACUGCAGACAAGACCGCAGACCGCGUCAAAGAGUUGAAAUCACGAGUCACAAUUGGCAAGGACGGCAAGAAACGUGUUGCGCCACUUCUUGUUUCGUCGUCCGGUACUGGUCAGUCCUCGUUGCCCCAGACACAGCUAGUUGGCUCAACAGCAACCAAGACCACGCAGAAUGAUACCCCACAAACCAUUUUAGAUCUCAGCAAGCCGUUCGACGGACUACCCAAAGGUGGCAUCGCUUCCAUGCUCCUGGGAAAUAAGAGAAAAUCUGUUCCCGGAGAGGCCGAUGAGGAUGAAGAAGGCCCUGCGGCCAGGCGAGCUGCAAUAGGCCCUUUGCCAAUAGUUACUAACGGCAUUGAUGGCGUAGAGCCUGCUGCUCUUACUCUAGUGCAGAAUGGAGUGGUCCCUACACCCGAGUUUCUGCGUCCAGCAGUCUUGAAUCCAUCAAUAUCAUUUUCCCAAGUGAGGUUGGCAGUCCCUCGGAUUCGAUCACAUAUUCUCCGUCCAAUGGAUCGGGGGGUGUUACAACCGGAUAGCACUUUCGAAGAUGCAUCCAAGGCCCCGGAGAGUAUCAUCAUGGAAGCCAAAAACGACACGAAUCCACGGGAUCCAUCGCACGUCAUGGUCACGAAAAGAGGAAAGUUGCUAUGGCAGGAGUUUCUUCCCCGAGCCGUUAUCCUGGUGACUGCCAACAGGAACUUUUGGGCGGCAGCCUGUGAGGACGGGUCUAUCCACGUAUGGACUCCCGCCGUGUCACUUGGACCAAUCCUCGAUGUGGCCACCACGUCGUUGAAUCAGCACACCGCGAGCCCUGGGCCGGGGGUCACCUCUGCUCAUUUGAACACAAACGGAUACAUUGUCGUGACACUUACGAACGGUGAUGGAUUCUACUAUGCUCGGGAAAUGUACACCUGGCAGCGGCUGAGCGAAGCCUGGUGGGCAGUUGGGUCUCAGUACUGGAACUCGAAUGAUUCUUCAAUAACCGCAUUACAAUCAACAGCUGUUGGGUCUACUUCCGCGGAGAGUGGAGACGAGAGCACGGCUGCUACCGUCUCUUCUGGUAUUAUACCAUUCCUGGAGCGUCACACGACGAACGAGUUUCUCCUCAAGGGUCGUGCGUAUGCUCUGCAGCGCAUGAUCAAGACUGUCAUGCAGCGGAAAGAAAGUGAAGAUUUGGAAAGCACCAUCAGCAUUGCCCAUCUGGAAAAUCGUAUUGCUGGCGCAUUGCAACUCGGAGCCAAAGAAGAAUUUCGCCUGUAUCUGUUCAUGUAUGCCAAGCGCCUGGGAGCAGAGGGGACCCGGCCCAAGGUUGAGGAGCUUCUUAAUAGUCUAAUGGGAGGUAUUCUGCGGGAAAAGCACGACGAAAAGCAGCAAGGCAAGGGAUGGUACGGCCUCGAUGACGAGAUUUGUGGUUGGAAUCGCAAGGAACUUAUCAGGGGGGUCGUUUUGAUUCUUGGCAAAUAUCGCGAGUUGCAACGGUUGACAUCACAGUACGCACGGGUCCUUGACCUUAGCCUGGAAGGCGGCGCCGUGGACGUUGACAACAUGGACGUAGAGGCUUAG